CAGACGACGCCUUUAGCCAAGCUCCUCUCGUGGCGAACGAAACCCUAAUCAUCACUCCUUGUGCACUUUUCCUCCUCUCUCGAAUUCGAUUCGGAAGCUCCUUGAUUCGCUCUCUGGAUUCGAUUCGAUUCGAUUCGAUUCGUUCGUAAUCCGCCAUGGAUGCUCAACGAGCUCUGUUGGACGAACUUAUGGGCGCAGCUCGUAAUCUGACGGACGAAGAGAGAAGAGGGUUCAAGGAGAUUAAGUGGGAUGACAGAGAGGUCUGCGCAUUCUACAUGGUUCGAUUUUGUCCUCAUGACCUCUUCGUCAACACCAAAAGCGAUCUUGGUGCGUGCUCGAGGAUUCAUGAUCCCAAGCUCAAAGAGAGCUUUGAGAACUCUCCAAGGCAUGAUUCCUAUGUUCCUAAGUUCGAGGCUGAGCUUGUUCAGUUUUGCGAGAAGCUGGUGAAUGAUCUUGACAGGAAGGUAAGGCGUGGACAAGAACGCCUUGCCCAAGAGCUUGAACCUCCUCCACCUCCUUCUCUAUCUGGAGAGAAAGCUGAGCAGCUCGCUGUUUUGGAGGAGAAGAUUAAGAACCUUCUCGAACAAGUGGAAGCUCUUGGUGAAGAAGGCAAAGUCGAUGAAGCUGAAGCCCUGAUGAGGAAGGUGGAAGGGCUUAAUACUGAGAAGGCAGUGUUGAUACAGCGACCAAAUGACAAGGUACUAGCGAUGGUACAAGAGAAGAAGAUGGCACUGUGUGAUGUUUGUGGUUCAUUCCUUGUCUCUAAUGAUGCUGUAGAAAGGACUCAGUCUCAUGUCACUGGGAAGCAGCAUGUUGGCUAUGGCAUGGUCCGGGAUUUUCUUGCUGAACAAAAGGCUUCUAAAGAUAAAGGAAGGGAAGAAGACAGGCUAGUCAGAGGGAAAGAAACAGAUGAUAAGAGGAAACCCAGGGAGAGGGAAAGCGAGAGUAGGAGGAGUGGUUCUAGGGAAAGAGAAAGACACCGUGAUCAUCGGGAUAGAGACAGAGAUGUGGACAGACACAGAGACCGUGGUAGAGAUCAUAGAAAGCCUUAUGACAGGAGAUCCAGGAGUGGGAGAGACGGUCGUGACCGAAGCAGGUCACGUUCUCCUCGUGGAAGGUCUGGUCACAGAAGGGUGUCGAGAAGUCCGGUUCGCCAGUACUAGUUUGAGAGACAACGUGUUGUCUCUUAUGUCUUGGGGCCUGGAACUUUGCAAACUCAUGAGGUAGAACUUGCGACUUUCUACUAAGUUUCAUUGGCAUGUGUGUUUUCUUUUUUAGAACUUGUUAAAAUUUGAAGGAUGAAAAUUGUCUUUCUACCCGUUCAGACAGCUAUUGUAAGAGUUUUAAGACCUUUACCCAACCUCCAUCAGUUAUUUGUUAAGAGGUCAAAAGCGUUGAGGUAGGUAAAAACUGUUUUAACCUUUUACUUUUUUUUCAUUGUAUUUCUCGACAUUAGAGAUGCUAUAGCUUCCUUUUAUUCUCCCUUGUUGUUGAUUCUAAUUCAAAGACUACAGAAUCUAGUGGGCUCGAAUGACAGAUGCUAUAUUGAGGUAACAUUUAUACAAAACAGAAGUCAUAUUUAUUAGAGGUUGGGUUCAGUAAUUCUGUUUAUUCUUCGAGUUCUCUGUCUACACAUUUUGUGCUAGAGCAAUGUCAUAAAACGAGGAAGAUCUGCAUAUGUGUGAAGCAUUGUUUGAUGAUACCCUCAUGGAGCAUAUUGAUGGUCGUGGCUAUACCGCAUUCUCCGCUGUUAUAUCAACCUUUUAGUCAUUUUUCAUCAAAUUAUUUCAUUGGUCAGGAUGGUAGACUCGUCGUGACUUUUAUGGUCGCUUGGAAGGUCACAAGGAUAACAACUUUUAACAUUUGCAGAGUCAUCGAUGAUAGGUUCAAAACAUUUGGACAACCAGAUGUUUGUGGACAUUAUUCGUCAUGCAACUAUGUUCGGGGUUAGUUAGACUUCCUGGAUUUUCAAAGCAAGACACAAGUCAAAUUCAUAGAUGGCGAAAAAAUAGAUCUAAUUAGCUGUUGUUUUGGUUCUCCUUUCUGGAAUCAGUCCACUAUUAUAUGUUAUAGUUUGAAGUGUAUCUCGUUUCUUCUUUGUUUAAAGAGGUAAAAUAAAUAGACCUUCAAUACCUU